AUGGCUGAGACAGAGGCCGAUAAUAACAGUAUUGUUCGGCCUGAUAAAAAUAAGGCCAUAGUGACUAAUAAUGGGCCUCGUCGCGUUACUAUAUACAAAACUGACACUGGAUUUGGUUUUAAUGUUCGCGGUCAAGUUUCUGAAGGUGGGCAGUUGAGAUCGAUUAAUGGUGAAUUAUAUGCUCCUUUGCAGCACGUAAGCGCUGUUUUGGAACAGGGUGCUGCUGAGCAGGCUGGCAUAAGGAAAGGGGACAGGAUCCUUGAAGUCAAUGGGGUGAACGUAGAAGGAGCGACCCACAAACAAGUGGUGGACCUGAUCAAAUCUGGUGGCGAUUGUCUCACACUUACUGUCAUUUCUGUCACGCCAAAAGAGGCAGAACGGUUGGAGCCAUGCGAUGAUGGGUCAGCUCCCGUAGGUGUGAUAGGGGGUGCUGCCAACUCCAGGGCGACGGUAUACCAACGAUAUGACUAUACGGACAAAAGGUCUUUACCGGUAUCCAUUCCUGAUUACCGGGUGGUGAUGGAGAGAAACACGGGGCGGUCGUUCGUGGCCUUUAACGUCCAUAUGGCUGGAAGACAUUUGUGUAGCCGUAGGUAUAGGGAGUUUGCUGCGUUGCAUCAGGUGCUGAGGAAGGAAUUUCUCGGAUUCAAUUUUCCAAAAUUGCCGGGAAAGUGGCCAUUUACUUUGAGCGAGCAACAGUUGGACGCAAGGAGGAGAGGCCUGGAACAGUAUUUAGAAAAGGUAUGUGCAGUCCGUGUGAUAGCAGAAUCGGACGCUGUACAGGAAUUCCUAACAGAUUCAGACGACUCAUCUAACCCCACCCCCGUGGACCUCAAAGUGCUGUUGCCCGACAAGGAGGUGGUCACGGUGUCCGUGCUCAAGUCGACCAACGCGGACGACGUGUACCGCGCGGUCUGCGACAAGAUAGGCCUGUCCGCGGCCGUGCAGAAGUACUUCUAUUUGUUCGAAAUUGUUGAAUAUAAUUUUGAGCGCAAGCUGCAGCCGAACGAGUGCCCGCACUCGCUGUACAUCCAGAACUACUCGACGGCGUCCAGCAGCUGCCUGUCGCUGCGCAAGUGGCUGUUCAACCCGCACGUGGAGAUGCGCCUCGUCGACGAGGACGAGAUGGCGGCUGCCUUCAUAUUCUGGCAGGCGGUGGAGGACGUGAACCGCGGCGUGUGCUCGGCGGGCGCGCGCCUCUACCAGCUGAAGGCGCUGCAGGAGCCGCGGCGCGCGCGCGACUACCUCGCACUGGCGCGCGCGCUGCCCGGCUACGGACACGUGGCCUUCCCGCCCGCGCCCGCGCCCGCGCCCGCCGCGCCCGCGCCCGCGCUGGGCUGGGCGGGGCUGGCGCUGGGCGGCGCGGGCGGCGCGCGCGUGCCGUGGCCCGCCGUGCUGGAGUGGCGCGCCGACGACGAGGCGGCGGCGGCGCGCGUGCUGUACCGCCGCGCCGACCGCCCCGACCUGCCGCCGCGCGCCCUCACCAUAUACACGCCAUACUAUCAAUUCCUAUGCAACUGUAUGGACAGAAUAGCGGAAGAGGCGACGUGGGUGGACACCGGCGAG